CAUUGAAAAUAUUUAUUUCGGCUCUCCUGUGUUGAUGAAAAAUUUAAUCCAGCUUCCCAUGUAUCUGAGAUAGACUGGCCGGCCCAUGACAAAUCUGACAAAAGGGGGGACCCACAGAACUACCAGCUCACGAACUGCAUAUGAAAGUUGGCGCGCCAAUCAUGCUGCUAAGGAAUUUAGAUGCUUCAAUAAUGUGCAAUGGUACGCGGAUGAUUAUCAAAAAAUUGUGCUCCCGAGUUCUGUAGGCAACAAUCUUGAAUGAACCAGCCGUUGGCUAAGACAUACUUGCAACUACCAUGUCCUUUACCCACUCCAAUACGACCUACAAGUUUAAACAGAUGCAAUUUCCCAUCAAACUCUGCUUUCCCAUGACAAUCAACAAGGCGCAGGGACAAUCAGUGCAAGCGGUUGGUUUAAAUCUGACAGAGCAAGUAUUCUCACAGGCACAACUGUACCUUGGCUGUCCCCAUGGUCUUUCUAUUUGUGCACCCGAGGGAAGGACGAGGAAUGUUGUCUACCAAGAGGCACUCCAAUGAUUACGGCAACUUGAGCUGCUCCAAUUUCAACUCUGCAAUUUUUUCAUCGUCCUGCUAGCCCACCAGAUCAGUUGAUGUUUUCCUGAUACUGUGUGCUGUCAACUUUAAACAGAAAUAUAAGAAUGGCUACAAAUGACCAUCACUUUAGAAUGAUUUCAUAUCGUGUACCUUCACAGAAUACAAAAUUGAAAAAAUUAACCAAGACAAGUCUAAUUACUGAUUAUUGGUUAAAGCCGCUUAUGAAGAAUGACAAACCAAUGUGUCCUUGGUUGCUAAAGGGAUCUUCUGGAAAUGAUUCUACUUCUCUGUCACAUAUCAAGAAUCCUAAGAAACUUCAGUUAUCCCACACUCAGCCUAUUGACCGCUCAGAGCAUACUCGUGCUUUAAAUUCAGCUAAAAUGAGUAAAGUAGACCUACUGAAGAGGAAAUAUUGGUAUGAAGAACCGAAACCUGUAUCUAUCUCCAGCAAAUAUUCAAUGGGUGCAAAGAAUCACUUUCUUGGACUUUCUGAUGCCCCAAGGAGCUAGAAUUCUAACUAACAAUUUUCAAGAAGCAAUGUUGUUUAAUAAGAAACAUCUUUCCCUAAUGUUUGUGUCUGAUAAACUCAUCAGUAUUCCUGUUUUGAUUAUGUGAACAACAUAUGAAUUAUGUCAUACUUCCAAAAUUGAAGUGCUAUUUCACAUAAGCACACACACACACACACACACACACACACACUGUCUCUGUCUCUCUCACCAUCCCAUCCACACACAUGAAAAUUAUUAAGUGAUUAUCUUAAUAAAUUAAUCAACAAAA